AUGAAUGCAAUCAACGGUUUCCACACCGCAUCGCACACUGCCACAACCAGCUCGUCUGGACACUUGUGCAGAAAACUGCCAGUGAAAUACGACAAUAACGACCAAAGAGUGGUAUGGAAAGCAGAGGCGAGGUCAAGCAGCGCUACACGUCAGCAUACACCAUUCCAAGCUAACGGAUGUUUUCAGAACAACAUUUUCCGCACCACAUUGCGCAUAAUCACAACCAACUCGUCUGGACACUUGCGCAGGAAACUGCCAGUGAGAUACGACAAUAAAGACCGUAAAACACAGUACAAGAGAUCAUUCGUGCGUUCUCUCUUUAUCCGUCUUGGUCACAAAAAUUUCCGGCGAGCUUAUGUUUCUUUAUUCUGGACCUACAAGAGAGAACGCACGAAUGAUCUCUUGUACUGUGUUUUACGGUCUUUAUUGUCGUAUCUCACUGGCAGUUUCCUGCGCAAGUGUCCAGACGAGUUGGUUGUGAUUAUGCGCAAUGUGCGCUGCUUGACCUCGCCUCUGCUUUCCAUACCACUCUUUCUUAGAAAGAGAGCAGCCAACUCCUUUUUCCCCUUCGCUGUCAAAUCAGGUCUUCGUCCUGAGGGGGACGGAUCCACUCUUUUUUCUGCACAAGUGUCCAGACGAGCUGGUUGUGGCAGUGUGCGAUGCGGUGUGGAAACCGUUGAUCUAGAAAACAUCUGUUGGCUUGGAAUGGUGCAUGCUGACGUGCAGCGCUGCUUGACCCCGCCUCUGUUUUUCACUCCACUCUUUCUUAGAAAGAGAGCAGCCAACUCCUUUUUUCCCCUUCGCUGUCAAAUCAGGUCUUCGUCCUGA